UGUAUCUUUGUAUAAUUUUUGUUAUUGGUCUGCUAUGACUCCCAUAACCCCUUUUUAGAAGUGCCUUUCCUUAACCGCCUCUGCACAUGAGCACAGGUUGGCAAUGCCAUAAACAAAGAAUUCCUUUUGUUUGUUGAUUCGAUUUUUGUUCUGCGAUCUUUUUAUUUCUUUGCAAAUUGUAUUUUUAUUUUUAAAUAAACAAGCCGAGUUCAUUGCAUUCGCCAGAAUAAGAAUAUAACAAAUACGGCACGAAAGGCACUCGACAACCGACAAAAGUCGCAAAAAACAGGAACGUCGACUGAUAUACAUGGCGUAUAAUUAACGGCUGCGCGUGUGGAGAGAGUUCAAGUUAAUUUAUCAAUUCUUUCUUUUUCGGGACCUAACAAUAACCGUACUUGCACUUAAGUAGGCGGAGUGAAAGCCAUGUCAUUAAUACAUACAUACAUACAUAUAUAGAAUCAAUGAACUGAUUAAUUGCAGCUGUGCAAUGCGGGUGACAUAGUUUACUCGAUUAAUUAUGUGCGAACAGCUAUGUUUUCCGCUCAUCUGGCGCAUUUAUCAGAUGGUGCCAUAUUUCCUCGGAGAAGAAGAAGGCAUUGAAUGUCAGUGGUGCUCGGAUUACACUAAAGUCGGUCAAUAACUUCGGAACCCUGCACAAAGCGUUUAAGUGACCACAAGUGAUCAAGAUGUUCCUCUUGUUGUUUACCCCCUUGCCAACUGAUCUUAAGCUUGGGAUGCCACGCUAGUUUAGUUGACCGGUUUAAUGACUCGAACUUAAUUUGCGCCCUCGGAGAGAGGAAAGUAGCCAGCAAAAAAUGCAAGCCGAAAAAUAUGCGAAACAACCAGGCAGACAACACCCAACGGCAAAAACUCGGCCUGGAGAGAAAGAGGCAGUGGCAGCGACGCGUCUGGGAGCUUACAAUGGCGGUCGCAACACUAGUGGCGCUUGUAAAAAGAGUCAUAACAUCAAAACACCAAAAAUGGCAUUCAAAAUUAUGCGGCAAAAGAAGUAACUGCAAAAUAUACUGCCAUAAUAUUUUGAAAAAUAAAUUGUUUCACCCUUUUUGGAGAUCUUAGAAACUUUGAUCACUAAUUGAGUCACUUAGCAU